AUGAGGUUCCUGCUUUCAGGAAACUGGACUUCCGAUGAGAUUUGGACUCUUGUUGUUGCGGAGACACGCGGUGGUGUUCAGGUCCGCAGGCUGCUGCGCUUCCAGCCCCCACCGCUCACACCACACUCACUAACACUCACACCACACUCACACCACACUCACACCAACACCCACCACACCGCUACACCCCCCCAAACACCCCCCAACUCACCCCCAAACACCCCCCCCCAGAUCACCCCUCAGAUCACCCCCAAACACCCCCCAGAUCACCCCCCAAACACCCCAUCACCCCCCAAACACCCCCCAGAUCACCCCCCAAACACCCCCCAGAUCACCCCCCCAAACACCUCCCAGAUCACCCCCCAGAUCACUCCCCAAACACCCCCCAAACACCCCCCAGAUCACCCUCCAAACACCCCCCAGAUCACCCCCCAGAUCACCCCCCCCAAACACCCCCCAGAUCACCCCCCAAACACCCCCCAGAUCACCCCCCAAACACCCCCCAAACACCCCCCAAACACCCCCCAGAUCAACCCCCAAACACCCCCCAGAUCACCCUCCAAACACCCCCCAGAUCACCCCCCAGAUCACCCCCCCCAAACACCCCCCAGAUCACCCCCCAAACACCCCCCAGAUGACCCCCCAAACACCCCCCAGAUCACCCCUCAAACACCCCCCAGAUCACCCCCCAAACACCCCCCAGAUGACCCCCCAAACACCCCCCAGAUCACCCCCCAGAUCACCUCCCAGAUCACCCCCCAAACACCCCCCAACACCCUGCAGAUCACCCCCCAGAUCACCCCCCAACACCCCCCAGAUCACCCCCCACAUCACCCCCCAACACCCCCCAGAUAA